AUGCCCGUCCCGCAGCUCGGCUCUUCCUCGCGCCAGGCUCCAAGCCUCGUACGUCGGCUCCAGCGUUCGUACUUCGCAGCGCCGACGCGGUCGCUGAGGCACAGCGGACGAAACGCGCAGACAGCCUCGUCGGCUCGCGUCUGUGCCCGUGUCUCCUCCGCAUCUCUGCUCGUUCAUCUCCACGGCGCCGCGCCUGCAGCUGAUGGAUGCUUGCGAACAAGCCACUCACAAGAGGCCGCGAACAAGCCACUCACAAGAGGCCGCGAACAAGCCACUCACAAGAUGCCUGCGCCCACCGCUCCGCCAGCGGGUCUGCCGCACACGCAGAAGGCCACUGCUGUCGCCGCUAAGCCCGCACAGCAUGCAACGCGGCAUUGCGACAAUGGAAGCAUCUUCACGCCAAGCAUCGUCAAGUCGACGUUAUGCGCACCGAGGAUGACUCGGCACGCCGCAGGCGGACUCAUGAUGGAUCGAGUUGAUGGAGACUGUUCGGAGAUACGGAAUACGCUGGUUUAG